AUGGACCACCUCAUACUCGUCGGGGCGUGCUACGUCGACACGGUCAUGAGGCAAGGCGACCUUCCACUCCCCUCUCUGCCUGGAUGGCUUACCUCGUUUUUAGAGGCUUCUCGACUGACCAACCGUACUAGCGUUCCUCACUUCCCCGAAGAGGACUCGAAACUACGAGCCACGAGCCUGCGCAUCCGCCGGGGAGGCAACUGCCCCAACACGAUAGAAGUCCUCCAACAGCUGCUCGCAGGGAAUCCGUCCAUGUCGUGUCCCUCAACGUCCCUGCGAAUACAUCUCGUCUCGCCUUUACCGGAACGCCAAUCGCAGGCAACAGCGCAGAUCAUCGCCUCGCUGGACGCCUCGCGGACGAAGGGCGAAAUGCCCGCAAUCGACUUCGAUCACUGCCUCUUCCGCGAGGGCCAUCAGCUGCCGGCGAGCAGCUACAUACUCCGCAGCGAGGCGACGGGCAGCCGCACCAUUGUUAACCAUAACGACCUCCCCGAGAUGACGGCCCAAGAGUUCCUGCGUGUCGCCGAAGUGUUCAGGGGUCGCGGGCGGACAUGGUGGCAUUUCGAGGGGCGGAUCCCGGAGACGACGGUCGAGUGUAUCCGCCUACUGAGGCAGGUGCUGGACGACGUGACCGUCAGCGUCGAGGUCGAGAAGCCCGGGCGGCCCGGGCUGAGAGAGCUCGCCGCCGAGGCGGAGGUGGUCUUCUAUUCCAAGAGCUGGGCCGAGGUGCGCCAUCCGCCCGCCGCAGACGGCGGUCGUGGACGAUGCUGA